AUGGAGAAGUUCACGAAGGUGCGCCACAUUGGCAAGGGCAACAUGGGGGCCUGCGCCCUCGUCCGCAACAACGAGGACGGCAAGUGUUACGUGAUCAAGCAAGUAGACCUCGGCAGGAUGAGUAAAAAGGAACGCCAGCAGAGCCUCAAUGAGGCGCAUCUGUUGAGUUCCCUGCGACACCCAAACAUCAUCAACUAUGUAGAUAGCUUUCUCUCGAAGAGGUCUGAUCACCUUUGUAUCGUCAUGGAAUUUGCCGAUGGCGGAGACCUGAGCGCACGCAUAAAAAAGUCGUACGGUGUCAACUUCCGUGAGUCGCAGGUGCUGGACUGGAUUAUUCAGUUGGUACUGAGCCUCUCGUACGUUCACCAGCGCAGAAUCCUCCACCGCGACAUCAAGUCUCAAAAUGUCUUUCUGACGAGCCAGAAUAUUCUGAAGCUGGGAGACUUUGGCAUCGCACGCACGCUUACUGGCACCUACGAUCAGGCUAGGACGUUUGUUGGGACCCCGUACUACCUCUCCCCAGAGCUUAUAUUAGAACGCCCCUACGAUCACCGCAGUGACGUGUGGGCGCUUGGUGUAGUCAUCUACGAACUUAUGGCAUUGAAGCACCCAUUCAAUGCAACUAGCAUGAAGGGGCUGAUGCAGCGCAUCCUCAAGGUGCAGUAUGAACCUGUUCCCAAGUUAUAUUCAACUGAGCUGCGAAAUAUAGUGCCACGUCUCCUGACAAGGGAGCCAUCGCAACGCAUAAAGUUAGAGGAGCUACUUGAGCUUCCUGUAGUGCAACGGCGAAUGCAGGAGUGGAUGGUGUCCGAUGUGAUGCCUAAAAGCUACAUUGACACCCUCCUGCAGCAGAAGUUAAUGCCACCUGCGAUUGCCGCGUUACGAAAGUGUAGCGUCGCAGGCACAGCUGCCGCCGCAACGGAGUUUUCUGCUUUACCCUCCUCAGGAGACGUUUCCCACCGUGCACCUGUGGCCCCGCCCGCACCUGCGGUGGAGGCAUCUCUGCUUCCUAUGCGUUCUGACAAGAUCCCACUGCCUGUGCUGCACCGCAGGUUACAAUCAGUGGAGCAGCAGCAGCAGCAGCAGCAGCAGCAGCAACAACAACAACACGAACAACAACAAAAACCAGCACUGCCACACCCAAAUCAACUGCUACACUACCAAGGCCCAUUGUCAAAGCCUUCAACUGAGAUCAGUCGACUCGAUGCACUGCGGGUGCCCAGGCGAACGAAGCCAGGUUAUCUUAUGUACAAAAAUAUCAAUGGCGGGUAUAACUCUCAUGCUCUUCCUGGCGCCGGGCGGCAGUGCUCACGUGUCUCUGUCCCCGUGCCGCUGCAGUUGCCGUCUAGCAAUCUUCUCCAUCGGGGCGAGACGGCUCAGUCCCAACCGUUGGGUGUAGGUGGUGUGCAACGCCCUUCUCAGUCGCUGGAGGUCUCUCACGGCCACGCCGACGUAGGCAGCGCGGCAUCCGUUUAUGCUAGCAAUCCAUUUAGUAGCCGGCCUUGCCCCACCGCCCACGCCGUGGGCGGUGUGCCGUACCAGAGCAAAGCGGAACCAGACAGUAAGGAAGGCGGGCCGCCGCUUUUUGCGGAUCCCCGUGUCCGCAAGCGUAGCCAGCAAGGAUCGGGCGGUGUGGCGUCGUGCCUCAACCCCUUCUUUCAGCAGCCUUCGGUUGGACUCGCCCCCCUGCCUUGUGCUCCGCAGGCGCCUAACAUGGACAUCAAGGCUAUGCUUCAGCGUGCCGCGUUAGAACGGGCCCAACGACGCGCGUUUUCGUAG